UCCAGAGCGUCCAAGCCACCUUGCAGCGCCCAGAAACCGCUGGGUUGUGGCUUUGCGCGUGCACCACUGUGUGGCUCACAGAGCAAGCGCGGGCUCCUCCAGCCCCCAGGCUGGAAACCGGGUCCCGGCCGCCGCAGCGCCCCCAGCCGGGUGCCUUUGCCCUCGGGCCACAGAAGGAAGCGGGCAGCGGCCCCGCCUUCCGGCCCGGGAGCUCCGCCCCGGCCCGAGGCCGACCUCGCCUCGCCGGGUCUCCACCGCAGUCCCCGCCGGGCGGCCGCCGCAGAGAGGAUGGAGCUCUGGCUGGAGCCGGUGGCGCAAAAGCUGUUCCUCUGGGGCGCGGCGAGCGCCGUCUCCCUGGCCGGCGCCACCCUGCUCCUCAGCGUCCUGCAGAUGUUAGCCAGCUACGCGCGGAAGUGGCAGCAGAUGAAGCCCAUCCCCGAGGUGGCCCGCGCCUACCCCUUGGUGGGACACGCGCUGCAGAUGAAGCCCAGCUCCGCCGAAUUUUUUCAACAGCUAAUUAAAUACACAGAAGAAUUCCGACACAUGCCACUGCUGAAACUCUGGAUUGGACCAGUGCCGAUGGUGGCCCUUUAUCAUGCAGAAAAUGUGGAGGUAAUUUUAACUAGUUCGAAGCAAAUUGACAAAUCCUUUAUGUACAAGUUCAUAGAGCCGUGGCUUGGCUUAGGACUACUUACAAGUACUGGAAUCAAAUGGCGCUCCCGGAGAAAAAUGUUAACACCCACUUUCCAUUUUACAAUUCUGGAGGAUUUCUUAGAUAUCAUGAAUGAACAAGCAAAUAUAUUGGCUAAUAAACUUGAAAAACAUGUUAACCAAGAGGCAUUUAACUGCUUUUUUUAUAUCACUCUUUGUGUCUUGGAUAUAAUCUGUGAAACAGCUAUGGGGAAGCGUAUUGGUGCUCAGAGCAAUAAAGAUUCCAAGUACGUCCGUGCAGUUUAUAGGAUGAGUGAUAAGAUUUUUCGAAGAAUGAAGAUGCCCUGGCUUUGGCCUGACCUUUGGUAUCUUAUGUUUAAAGAAGGACGAGAGCACAAAAGGGACCUAGAGAUCCUACACACUUUUACCAAAAACGUCAUUGCCGAAAAGGUCAAUGAAAUGAAGGCAAAGGAAGAAAAUAAAAGUGCCAGCUCGGCUCCCGGCAUCUCCAAAAGAAAAGGCAAGGCUUUUCUGGAUUUGCUUUUAAGUGUGACUGAUGAACAAGGCAACAAACUAAGUCAUGAAGAUAUUCGAGAAGAAGUUGACACCUUCAUGUUUGAGGGCCAUGAUACAACUGCAGCAGCUAUAAACUGGUCCUUAUACCUGUUGGGUUCUUAUCCAGAAGUCCAGAAAAAAGUAGACAAUGAACUGGAUGAAGUGUUUGGGAAGUCUGAUCAUCCCGUGACUUUGGAAGACCUAAAGAAACUUAAGUAUCUGGACUGUGUCAUUAAGGAGACCCUUCGCAUUUUUCCUCCUGUACCUUUAUUUGCCCGACGUCUUAAUGAAGAUUGUGAAGUGGCGGGUUACAAAGUUGUGAAGGACACAGAAGCCGUCAUCAUUCCCUAUGCAUUGCACAGAGAUCCAAGGUACUUCCCAAAUCCUGAGGAAUUCCAGCCAGAGCGGUUCUUUCCUGAGAAUGCAAAGGGACGCCAUCCAUAUGCAUAUGUGCCCUUCUCUGCUGGACCUAGAAACUGUAUAGGUCAAAAGUUUGCUGUGAUGGAAGAAAAGACCAUUCUUUCCUGUAUCUUGAGACGGUUCUGGGUAGAAUCCAACCAAAAAAGUGAAGAACUUGGCCUCUCAGGAGAGUUGAUUCUUCGACCACAUAAUGGCAUUUGGAUCACAUUGAAGAGGAGAAAUGUGGACAAAUCGUAACUGUGUACUCCAGCUGUGCCUUUAUUACACAACACCAAAAAAAAUCCUUGCAGAAGAGAAAUGUGAAAUUUGAGAUUUGUAGAUCAUGAGUCAAUAUUAUUAAUCCCAGGCCUAAUUUUUUGUUGCUCCACUGAUCUUGGGGUCCAGUCUAUCAGAGUUUUGUACUUUUGUUAACAUCAUAGAUGCUACAUGAUCUUGGCCUCAAAGAUACAGUUAGCUGAAUCAGUACUGAAAUAAGCAUAUAACAAAUUUCUCAACAGAGGAAUCUGCAGGUUACUUCAACUUCAUUUGAUAUACUCAAAAAUAUAAUUUAAUUGAAGCUUCAGAAUAUUUUAAAGUUAUUCUGGUUGACUCAGAAAUAUAUACAAGGGGUGAUCAAAAUAUACACUGGAUGUUUAGAUAAAAAUAUCACUCCUGAGCACAUUGCCAUCAGUGUCCCCUCAAAAGACUCUCUGUGGCUUCAGACACAUUGUUACCACUUUCUGAAGCAGUUCUUCUAGAUGUCUUUUUUCUUGUUUAUUGAGACUUGAUUAAAAGAAUAAUACUGUGAAAGCUGCUGCUAUCCAGUGGAAAAGCAGGCUCAGCACAACAGUACCGUGUGUCCUUGGCCACCUUCCUUGCCAGGUCUGGUGCUGUGCGACUUCUGGAUCAGCCCCAACAUUAAAAUGACCGUGGAAGCAAACAUUUUGAAUUUAUUUACUAUGGAGAGCACUAGUACGAUGCCACUAAUGACACUAACAAAGGAGAACUUCCAGAACUGCUUCAUAAAGUGGUGACAAUGAUGGAAUAUGUGUGUUCGAAACAAGGGGAGGAGUGUUUGAGGGGAAUUAGUGGCAACGUGUCUUUUUCUGUAACAAAUAUUUUUAGAGUUUAAAAAAUUUGGUAUAUUUUUGAUCACAACUCAUAUAACAUAACUUGAAAAUGGUGACUAGUUAAGCACAUUGCCUUAAGGGGUUUAUGUUUUUAAAGUUAUAUCAGUGGCUCAGUUUGAGAAUGAUAAUUACUAUGCACUUUUCAGAUUUUAUUAUGUACAGCAGAUCAUUUACAAGUUAACUGAAAUUCUGUGGCCUUUUGACUGCACUUACUGUCUUCCAUGGAAUCAUACAUACCUUUAUAUGUCAUAUGUCAUGUAUUCUUUCACAGUAACCCUGAGGGUUGAUUAAUAGUGUUCAGAGCUGGAAUGACCUCAGGACUUAUCUGCUUGUGUUCUCUUAUAUUAGAGUGAGGGAAUGAAAUCAACUAGAAGGUAAAUUUCUAUCAAAGUCAUGCUAUUAGUUCAGAUUAGGCUGGAAAUAGGAGUCUAUAAUCUAAAUGUCUGUAUGCCUCUUUAGAACUUGUAUGACAAGAAGUAGUCUUAGAACUCAAGAUUUUUGCUUUUGGUUUAGUUGUAUUUCUUUUGGAAUUCUUUCACUUUUAAGUGAACAAAGAAGCCACUCAUCUAUAGUUAGUACCUCAGUAAUAUCUCAGCUUAAUGUUGGGAUUCCACCCAAUUCCAGCCUGUGGAACAUACCUGAUCAAACAGAUAACUGGUAUGCAUUGUGUAUCAAAUUUUAAUUUGAUACACAAAGUAUGUCUCACUGACUUUUUUUUUUUUUUAAAGUUGCUUUUUCCAAUUUUCCCAAGGCUCUAGCAGGUAGAAAAAAAUAAUCAGGAGAAUAAAAUAUGUGAUAUUCAAUGGAUAGCAAAGGAAGAGGUGACAAAACCAGAGCCAUGUGACAAGCAGUUCCCCUGAGGCACUGAUGGUACCAGCAGCAGGAGCGCCCACUAACUGUCCAAGAGCUCUCGUACAUACUGGUCCCUAGUUGAAAAGAAAAUACCAAGGAAGUGGAUGAUACACUUGGAAAAGAUUCCCAUCAAAUGAUCAACCUUCUGGAAAGUGGACAUAUGUGGUAAAUCUAGAUGAAUUUUGGGUAAUAAAAGUUUUGUUCAUGGACGUUGAUAUGAUCUCUCAGUUCAGGUACUUAUGUUUAACCCUGGAUUUUUAAAUCUUCAGUGAAUCUACAUUAGACAUUAAAUUAAAUAUUCCGUAAAACAUUGUUUACUGUUAUUUUUGGCCUAAAUUAUUCAUUUAACCCAAGAAUAAUCUGUUACUUCUACUUUAAUUCCUUUAAACUGUAUCAAACUUGGAACUGAAAAAUUAUGUCAUGCUCUGUAUCAUCAAAUAUCUGUCUGCAUCAUCAUCACCUGCCUUACUUCUGCUUGAAAGAGCCUUCUAAAGAAAAAUAAAUUAUAUUUUAGACUUGA